UUCCUAUAAGAAAACAACAAUUGCGCCUGGAGUUUUAAAACUUCGAGUUCGUUUACACUUUAUCACAUUUUUGCCUAUAUUUUUCUUUGCCUGUUGUUUGCCGGUUGAGGUAUAACGUGAAGCUUAAACUUUCUAAUAUUUCGUUAAAACACCGCAAGAAAAUCAAGCAUACUCUUGAAUCUUAAAUUUUCAGUCUCAUACAUUCAGGGGUAAGCCAGGCGAGAUGUGUUUGUGUUCAUGUUUUUUCCAGAUGUUGCUGGUUUCUUUGUGAAACAUAUCAAGACAGGAAUGUGUAUCUAUGACACAGCACGAAUACAGUCACAAGGCCCGGACUGGGGCAGCGUAUCUUUUCUUGAACUCUCCAACAACUGUCUGGAUCCAGCUGCUCAGUUUCGGUUUCGUGAUAAUGGCGCCAUGUUGAAUUUGAAAAGACAAGGAUGUCUUGCUAUAUAUCAGAAGAAGGGUCAAGAUGAAAUGUUUUGGGUCUACGUUCCUGCCACCCCAAAAAUUAAAGAAAAAUCUGCCUGUGCUAACAAACGGGUUAUAGAACAAACCUCUUCGGGAGGUUUACGUGGAUUUUAUAAUUCUGCAGCCAGGUGUGCAGACCCUGAUGGAUACAUAAAAACAAACGUAAGCUGUCUAGACGGGAAGAAUAAACGUUUUAAUUUUGGUUCAGUGACAUGUUAUGGAAAAACGACAGAGAAUGUCACUUGUCCUAAAGAUCAGUUCAUGGUGGUCAAGACUGCAUCUUACCGUGGAUUGUCUGACUCAAAGACAUGUGGUUUGAAUGAUGAUUAUAGUUGUACAGUUGAUGUAACAUGUCUUGUUAAGAAACAAUGUGAUGGUCAACAUGAGUGUAAAAUAACUGUGAAUGAAACCUUGUUUUCUGAUUAUCUGUGUCCUGGAUUGAAAAAAUAUCUUUACUUUGAAUAUCAAUGUAUUGAUACAUCAAAACAAUACUCAUUAUGUGUGGAUAACGUGCAUUUGUCUAAUUCCACUCUACCAAAUGAGGGUUUUAUACAACUAGUGACAGAACGCAGUGGAACUAAGACUGUUUGUUGGCAAAGUUUAAAGAACAACGCCAAGGAUGUUGUUUGUCGUCAACUGGGUUAUACACGAGCAUCCUCUCUUGUUCAUAAGACUGGUUCAUCGGAUGUCAAAGAUUCAAUAUUUUCUGGCAGUAUCGACUGUGAUGGCGGAGAGAUAGAUUUGUCUGAAUGUUCAAUGAAUGCUUUUGUUGGAAAUUGCUCUGGUUUCUCGUACAUUAAAUGUCAUAUUUGUGAUAAUCCUCUGUUAGAAGACAAAGAAAGAUUUCCAGAUACGUCAUUCACUGCCUCAGUUUCUUCAGAAGGUCACAGAGCUUCUGAUGCAAGGAUAUCUAGUGGUAGUUCUUGGUGUGCUUCUGUCUCAGAUGGCAAACAUUAUCUUCAAGUGGACUUAGGAAGACUUUACGUGUUAUAUAAUGUGACAACGUUUGGUGACAGUACCAGUGCCAAAUGGGUGAAGACUUACAACUUAAAUAAUACGGUUGAUUUGAAAAGUUGGAAGCAAGUUCAGGCUGGGAGUGGCAAGAUAUUUCAAGGCAACAAGAAUGCUUACAAUGACGCAGCCAUAAGAAGUUUAAAUGACAUAAAAACAAGAGCUUUACGGUUUACUCCACUAUCACAUGAAGAUCAACCUUGUAUGAGAAUUGAGAUUUGCGGUGACACUUUGUAUCCAGACCAACCUAGAAACCUCAUCGUAUUUAACAUUAAGUCACGAAGUGUCGAAAUAUCGUGGAUUGAUCCUGAGAAUCAAGGAUUUAGCAGCGUAUCAAGAUUUUGGAUUAAAAUGAAGAAAAACGACUCACUUAUUCUGAAUAUCAAAACAGGAAAAAUGAAUAAAUAUAAAAUAGAUAAGCUCACUCCAUACACAAAUUAUGAAAUAUCUGUAGCUGCUGGAAACAAGGAUGGUUUUGGCGAAGAAACGAGUUCUUCAUUUAUAACAUUGGAAACUGCACCAAGUGGUCCUCCAUUAAACAUCAAAACCACAUCAAGAAGUACAUCAUCUCUGUCUUUCAUUUGGGAUCCUCCUGAGGAAAGUAAACAAAAUGGCGUCAUUAUCAGUUAUACUGUGUGUGUUUCGAAUACAGACGAUGGAAUUUGCUUUCACUCAUUUACAACCACAGAAAGAAAUUGGGUUGCGCGGGAUUUGAAUCCAUCAACCAAAUAUUAUAUUCGUGUUCAAGCGAGUACUAAAGCUGGUCGUGGUAACUACAGUGAGAGUAAAGGAUUCUUUACUAAUGGAGGAGCGACAGAAGAGGCUGCUGACGUGACGUCAAGUACACUCAAAUUUUCAUUGAAAAUUCCUUCAAUGACGUAUUUGCAUUUUUACGUCGUAGCUUUAAAACUUAAAGACGGUAAAGAACCUAAAUCAUCUGGUAGUUAUGACAACAAUGAACUAGUGACGUAUGCUGAGGCAAGAAAAUCAUCUGAUCCCAAACCUUACAUUGCCGCAGUCUUUACAUCCGGCGAUGUGAAUGAAAACGUGUUUAUACUUGGUGAUGGUAAGAAUACAAGUGAUCUAACAUCACGAAGACGCAGAUCAACUGCGAGUGAUUACUACAAUGGUCCGCUUGAAUCUGGCACUAGAUACAGUAUUUUUCAAAGGAUGAUACUCAAUGACCAGGAUUAUUACUCUACAGACUGGAGCCCAGUUUCGAAGACAAAGAUGAAUCAGCUAGUACAUCCCAAGGUAGUCCUCGUGUGUUAACCAACAUGUCCAGUGGUGACGUAAUUGCAAAGGAAGGUGAUCUUGUCACCCUGUUGUGUUCUGCUGAAGGUGAACCACCAAUUACUUUCAGCUGGGAGAAAGAUCGAAAGCCUCUGGAUAGUUUAACGGAGAUAGAAAAGCCUUACCGUUGUUCUUUACUAGUUGUAAAAGUGAAAGACGAAACAAGUUUUGGAAAAUAUAUUUGUCAUGUUCAUGAUAGGUUUCAGAGCACGAAUCAUACAUUUUUUAUCCAAAAACAAAUCGCCACAGACGGUGCAAGAAAUGAAAUUGUUGGGAUUAUUGUAUUGGCAAUUCUCCUUGUCAUUUCAGUCGUAGUUAUCGCUUAUUUAAUCUACCGUGCACGUGUUGGUCGUCUCAAAUCAUCAAGCACUACGAAAAACAUGGAGAAGAGCAAGGACAAUUCCAAAGAUAUUUAUGAAAAUCCUGGAAAAGAUGACGUCGACAAUUAUGAACAAGUGGGAAAUGAAAAAUCGACGUAUACAGCGCUUAAAAGGCCUGGAAAGGAGGAAAAUGAUGAUCAUGUCUAUAGUCAUUUAAAUGAAGCGCCCCAAAAAUAUGAAAAUCAGGCGGAAACUGGACUUUAAUAACAAGGGCUCUUUUACGACGCAUUUGUCGAUAAACUACUGAUAUAGUCAUAUAGUAUAAACUUAAAAGAGCUGUCAAAUUAGAAAUUUCCAGCCUGAAUAAAUCGACUAUUCGUGCAAUGUAUACUCCGUACAUAACCGAACACAAAAAAAUUGACAGUUGAAGUGAUUAUCAUAAGAAGUUGAUAUAAAAUAUCAGUGUAUAGAAUUAUACUGACUCGUAUUAUAACCGUUAAAUAUAAUAAACCGUUAAAUAUAAAUAAGAAAAAUGGUACAACUAAGAAAUGAAUGCAUGUGCAUGUAUGGAAUUUACGUAGGUCCCCAUGAUGUAGUUGACAAAAAUAAUACUGAAGAAUUGACAGUUGAAGUUGAUAAAGAGGUGAUAAA